AUCGCUCGGGAAGCAGUUUUCGAAGUUGCCGCUCGGAGCGUCGUGCGCAUGCGCACGGCGCGGUGGCAACGUUUCUCGCGCGAGGUACGUCUCCAAACGUGUUCGAUCGUUUAUUGGGACGUCCGUUCUCGCGAACCGGCUCCGAACAAUCCGGUUUUGCCGAAUUUUCCGAAUGUGUUCGAGAGUUAGCGUCUCGUGGCCGCGAUGAACGCAGCGACGAGAACGCACGAGAGCGCGAUCCUGCCGACACGUGUUCGUGCCAUCGAUCGUCUCUGAAUUUUUCCCCUGGAAAUCGACCCUGGACACGAAAGAACGUGCAUUCGGCGACCGAAGGGGAGACCCGGUUUGCGCACCGCACCAUCAUCAGAGAUCAUCGCAUUUUCGCAGAGAGAAGAGAAAAGAGCGAACGAGAUAAAAACGUGAGAAGAGAUACGAGGCGAAAGAGACGAAGGAGAAGAAACAUCAAGAAGGGAAGCAGCCGAAGCGAACGGAAAAGAGAGAACAUACAUUGGACGAAGGGUGUGGCGCCCCCUUGCAGAGCCACGGCCCUGUGCGAAAUCCGCCGCUAGUCGCAGGAAGCUCGAGCGGUGAGCCGCGGAGAGAGAGGCGGGAGGACGAGGUAGAUUGGGAAGGACGUGGUUGGAGGGGGACCGUGGGGAGCUUCCGUUUAUCUGCGAGGUCGAGAAGGCUGGUCGAGAGCGUUCGUUCGUCGACAGUGCUGUUGAAAAACACGAUGAAAAUGGCGUGGCAACCGCAGGAGGAAGGACUCAGGCAAAUCCUCACGCUGCUCAAGGAGUCGCAGAGCCCGGACACAGCGACUCAACGGGCGGUGCAAUUAAAACUGGAAGAGCUGAAUAAAUUUCCAGAUUUCAACAAUUACCUAAUUUUUGUUUUAACGAAACUCACAUCGGAAGAUGAACCUACUAGGUCUCUGAGUGGACUGAUAUUGAAAAAUAAUGUGAAGACUCAUUUCCAUAAAAUUAUGCCAGAAGUCAUAACUUUCAUUAAGCAAGAAUGUCUGUUGGCUGUGGGAGAUCCAUCACCUCUGAUCCGUGCGACUGUUGGUAUUUUGAUCACUACUGUUGCAUCAAAAGGUGAACUGACCACUUGGCCAGAAUUAUUGCCAGCAUUGUGUCAAAUGUUGGAUUCAGAGGACUACAAUGUGUGCGAGGGAGCAUUCGGUGCUUUGCAGAAAAUAUGCGAAGACUCUACUGAAAUAUUAGAUUCGGAUGCCCUCAAUCGCCCUCUGAACAUCUUAAUUCCAAAAUUCCUCCAUUUCUUUAGACACUCGAGUCCGAAAAUUCGCUCCCAUGCGAUAGCAUGUGUCAAUCAGUUUAUCAUUCAACGUACGCAAGCGCUUAUGAUACAUAUAGACAGCUUCUUGGAGAAUCUCUUCCACUUAGCUUCGGACGAUGACUCUGAAGUCAGAAAGAAUGUGUGCAGGGCGCUAGUGAUGUUGCUGGAAGUGCGAAUUGAUAGACUAAUACCAAAUAUGCACUGUAUAAUAGAGUACAUGCUAAUGAGAACUCAGGAUGCCGACGAGGGAGUCGCAUUAGAAGCUUGUGAGUUUUGGUUGUCAUUGGCAGAGCAACAAAUCUGUAAAGAAGCUCUCGCACCACACCUGACACGACUAGUACCAAUCUUAGUGAGAGGUAUGAAGUACUCGGAAAUAGACAUAAUACUCCUCAAAGGGGACGUUGAGGAAGACGAAAUGAUACCAGACAGGGAGGAGGACAUCCGACCGAGAUUUCACAAAUCAAAGACGCAUCACUCGCAUCAUGCUAACAUGAACAAGCACAUCGAUGAGAACGGCGAUGACGAGGUAUUGGACGUCGAGGACGACGAUUCAACUCUUAGUGAUUGGAAUUUAAGGAAGUGCUCCGCCGCUGCAUUAGAUAUGCUAGCAAAUGUUUUCCGAGAAGAUUUGUUGCCGGUUCUUGUACCGAUCUUGAAGGAGACUCUUUUUCAUCAAUCUUGGGAAAUCAAAGAAUCUGGUAUUUUGGCGUUAGGGGCUAUUGCUGAAGGUUGUAUGAGCGGCAUGAUUCCUCAUUUGUCCGAGCUCAUCCCUUAUUUGAUUAGCUGCCUUAGCGACAAAAAGGCUCUCGUGCGUGCCAUAACUUGUUGGACAUUAAGUCGCUACGCGCAUUGGGUUUGCGCGCAGCCUCAUGAGACACAUCUGAAACCUUUGAUGACUGAAUUGCUCAAACGAGUUCUCGACAGCAAUAAGCGUGUCCAGGAAGCUGCAUGCUCUGCCUUCGCUACUUUAGAGGAAGAAGCCUGCACGGAAUUGGUUCCUUAUCUUGGAUUCAUUCUCCAAACGCUCGUCUUUGCCUUCGGUAAAUACCAACAUAAGAAUCUUUUAAUAUUGUACGACGCGAUUGGCACGCUCGCCGAUUCUGUUGGUCACCAUCUCAAUAAGCCGGAUUACAUCAAUCUUUUGAUGCCACCGCUCAUCAACAAGUGGAACGUACUGAAGGAUGAGGAUAAGGAUUUAUUCCCGUUGCUAGAAUGUUUGUCGUCAGUAGCAACCGCGUUGCGCUCGGGUUUCUUACCCUAUUGUGAACCUGUUUAUAGGCGGUGUGUGUCGCUGGUAGAACAGACGUUGAAUCAACACAUAGCAAGCACGCAGAGCCCCGACCAAUUCGAAGCACCCGAUAAGGAUUUUAUGAUUGUUGCAUUGGAUCUUCUGAGCGGAUUGGCAGAGGGUCUGGACGGUCACAUGGAACGUUUAGUGAUGAACAGUAACGUUAUGCAAUUGCUGUAUCAGUGCAUGCAAGAUACUAUGCCCGAAGUCAGACAAAGCAGCUUCGCCUUGUUAGGAGAUCUCACUAAGGCCUGCUUUCAACAUGUGCUCCCAUGUAUACCGGAAUUUAUGCCUAUUCUCGGACAAAAUUUGCAUCCACAGUUCAUAUCAGUAUGCAAUAACGCGACGUGGGCGAUCGGUGAAAUAUCGAUAAAACUUGGGCCUGACACAAGCGCGUAUAUUCCAUUAAUUUUGACACAACUUAUCGAAAUAAUUAAUCGACCAGAUACACCAAAAACACUGUUAGAAAAUACCGCCAUUACGAUCGGUCGCCUAGGUUAUGUGUGUCCCCACGACGUCGCCCCCAUGUUACAGCAGUUUGUCCGACAGUGGUGCACUUCGUUGCGAAGCAUAAGAGAUAACGAAGAGAAGGAUUCCGCGUUCAGAGGUAUGUGUCAAAUGAUCACUGUCAAUCCGGCUGGCGUCGUCCCGGAUUUCAUCUUCUUCUGCGACGCUGUGGCGUCCUGGUCGACACCGAAGGAGGAUCUAAAGGACAUGUUUCAGAAGAUACUGCUCACAUUCAAGAAUCAAGUGGGUGCGGAAAACUGGAAACGUUUUGCCGAUCAGUUUCCACCGCAGCUUAACGAGCGGCUGCAUAAUAUGUACGGCGUCUGAGCAGCUCCGUCUAAAAGCGAAGGCCGCUUAAUGCAGCAGGCCGAACGGGGUUGGGCGGGAAACAAUGGGCGGAUGGGACGGGUGGGUGAAACCACGGCCUCUUCUCAUCAACAUCGUUGUCGUUACCGUAUCGUCGUCGUCGUCGUCGUCGAUGUUGUGUCCGUCGUCGUCGUCGUCGUCAUGUUUUCGGGGAGGGUGAUGAGAGAGAUGCAUGCGCUGUCUUCGGCCACAAUAUGGGAGCAACGAAGGCAGAAAUACGCGUGAUGGGGAGAAAAAGAAACAAAACAAGGGAGUAAAGAGGAUCGAAGUAAAAUGAGAACGACAUGAGAUAAGCAUUGGCCGACAAGUUGAAAAACGCGUGGGUGGGCGGGGUGGGGUAUCUUCUUUCGGGGUGGGAGGGAGGAAUUUUGUGGUAAUCAUCGACCACAACUUACAAGAGGCGAGAGAGAGAGAGAGAGAGAGAGAGAGAAAGAGAGGAAAGCAAAGAGAAAAAGAACAAAAGGUAUCGUAUUGAAACAACGCUACGCAACGUAUCGCACUCAGUGAUACCUUAAAGUAGUGACAUACAUGCUCCGUUUCCAUUAACGCUAUCAUAACACUGCGACAAGUGUUUGAUUCUCGCGUAUUGAAACGUGACAACACAAGAAUGUGCUGGUGCAAACGGUCAACUUGUAGCCCAGCUCUAAAAAACGUAGAUGGUAGAAUACAUAAUAUUAUAUUAUCGAGAAACCAACUCUCGCGCGCACACACACACACACGCGCACACACACACAUACACACACACACACACACACGCACACAUACACAUACACACACAUUGAGAUGAUUAGACGAUGUUUAAGAGGUAAGCAUAGAUCUCACGUUAUAGAGAUCGCCGGACACUGUGAUCGAAAAUUUGUACGUAUUAGAUAUCGAUCUUUUCUUCUCUUCUUUUUUCUUAAGAGGGAGAGAGUGGGAAAGGAUAUGAGGGAGGAGAGAGAGAGAAAGAGAGAAGAGAGAGAGAGAGAGAGAGGAUACGAGGAAGAGAAAGAGAGAUCGAGAGAAAGAUGGUGAACGAGAUAUGAGCAUUCUACUUGAAUGUGUUUGUAGAAUUUUAGAGUCAAGCUAGUAAUUACACUUAUUUGAUAAAGAUACAAAGUUAGAGUAUGUUAUAUAGAAAUUUCGUAGUGUACAGAAGGUUUUUCGAGAAUAUUGUAUUUUUAUACGUUGAAGAACACACACACAAAGAGAUACGCAGAAAGUGCCAUUCCGUCGUCGUCUUUAACCAAAAUUUUUCUGCUUAUUUUAUUCUUCUUACUGAUUGUGAUAUUAGGUUAUGUGAUAACUCUUUGUCAUCAUAUAAAACAUUUGAAAUAUAUAUUAUAUAUAUAUGUACGUACGUAUGUAUGCGCGCGCGCGUUUAUGCACGCAUAAACGCGUGUGUUGCGCGCGCGCGCGCGCGUAUACGCAAGUUAUGCUAUAUGUACGUGUAUCCAACAUGAUAUUUUAACUCACAGACCAUUUUGUGAUCACUUUUUUGUUAAACAUAUUAAAAUUAGUAUCAUAUUAGCAUUAGUGUAAAUAGGUAAAUACAUUUUAGAAUGGACGUUUUUGUUAUCAAUUAUAGAUAUCAAAUCCUUGUUUAUAUGUGUAUAUAUACUUAAAUAUAUAUAUAUAUACAUAUAAAUAUAUAUAUAUCUCUCAAGUCUCUCGAGUUGUGACAUUGUUCAAUCACAGUCAUCGGUAAUGAUUAACAGAUACGAUCCACAGAGUCACGGAUCUAUGACGUGAAAUCUAUGGCGACGUUAACUUUUAUUUAUGCGGUAAAAUGAUCUCGAUGUUUCAUCUUCGAAGAAAAUAUUGCGUUAAAAUUGAAAAAAAAAA